AUGUGGUCUUUGGUCUUCGUUGUGUUGUUUGCAGCUGGCGCUAAUGCCAACGCCAAUGUUGGACCUCGUGCCCUCUGGCAAUUCGGGGAAAUGAUUAAGUGUGCACUUCCAGAGAGCUCUCCAAUCCUGGACUUCAAUGAUUACGGUUGCUUCUGUGGAGUUGGCGGGUCUGGGAAUCCUGUUGAUGAACUGGACAGCUGCUGCCAGACUCACGAUCUAUGCUACAACGCAGCCAAAACCCACCCAGAGUGCACAGAUAUUACAGAUCACCCGUACGUCGCACUGUAUGACUUCACCUGCUCUGGCACCAGCAUCACCUGCAGCAGCACGAAUAACGGCUGUAAGAUGUCUGUCUGCAAUUGUGAUCGCGAGGCAUCCAUGUGUUUUGCUGAGGCGCCAUAUAAUGAAGAAUAUAAAAAUCUGGACAAGGACCUGUACUGUAAAUAG